AUGGAGUCCGACCUGACCCCCAAGUUCGCGCCCUUCUUCGGCAUGGGCGGAAUUGCCUUCGCGAUGAUCUUCGGAUGCGUCGGAGCUGCAUACGGCACCGCCAAGUCUGGCAUCGGUAUCUCCGGUGUGGGCACCUUCCGGCCGGACCUGAUCAUGAAGUCGCUGAUCCCAGUCGUCAUGUCGGGUAUCAUCGCGGUCUACGCGCUAGUCAUUGCCGUGCUCAUCGCCGGCGACAUGGGCCCCCCGCCGGGGCAGAACUACAGCUUGUUCAGCGGCUUCAUGCAUCUUGCAUGCGGUCUGUCAGUCGGCCUGACGGGCACUGCCGCUGGAUAUGCGAUUGGCAAAGUGGGAGACAUGGGUGUCCGCUCGUACAUGCAACAGUCAAGGAUCUUCGUUGGCAUGGUUCUGAUUCUCAUUUUCGGCGAAGUCCUGGGUCUUUACGGGCUCAUCGUCGGUCUGAUCCUCAACACCCACAGCAGGGGUUAA